UUCCUGCGUGACGUCAUGGCGCGCGGAUGAAAACAGCCGCACGAUUCUUGUUUAUUUCAAAGACGGAUAGCGUUUGCGGGGUCUCUAGGUUUAUUCGCCGUUUCUUUGCGCCGAUCACCUCCAGUCCGCGCGGCUCGAUGGCGCUCGCCGACUGGCGCCUGUCCCUGAAGCUGCUGGAUCAGCCUUCUCUCCCCAAGUCCGUGCUGCAGUUUCCCGAGACUGAGCCCGGAGACGUCCCUCCCGGAGAGUAUCGGGUCUCCACGCUCAAGCAGCUGGUGUCAGCUCAGAUCCCCGAUGCCAUACCAGAUCCCGAGCUCAUAGAAUUAGUGUACUGUGGCAGAAAGCUAAAGGAUGACUUGACUCUGGAGUCCUACGGGAUUCAGUCGGGAUCCACGGUGCACAUCCUGAGAAAGUCAUGGCCAGAGCCCGAGAUCCAUCCCGAGCCGGUGGACAAGGCUGCGGCUGCCAGGGAGUUUCGGGUCCUGCAGGCCGCUCUUCACACCAGCACUGCAUACAGAGACUCGGUGUUCAAGAUGCUGAACAACAAGGAGUCCCUGGACCAGAUCAUCGUGGCGACCCCCGGGCUGAGCAGCGAUCCGGUGGCUCUGGGGGUUCUUCAGGACAAAGACCUCUUUAUACAAUUCACAGACCCAAACAUGCUGGACACAUUGGCCAAUUCCCACCCGGCUCUGGUAAACGCCAUCAUUCUGGUGCUGCACUCGGUGGCUGGCAGCGUGCCGCCCCAGCAGAGCGCCAGCUCCUCCAGAAACGUGUCUUCCAGCUCCUACAGCGACAUGCCAGGAGGUUUCCUCUUUGAAGGCAUGUCUGAUGACGAGGAGGACUUCCAGUCGGGGACUCGCGGAGGGCCGUCCACUCUUGCUAGUGGUUUGGCCGGCAUGAGGCCAGCUUCUCUGGGUUAUAACGGCGCCGUGGGCCCCAGACCCAUCACUCAAAGCGAGCUGGCCACCGCUCUGGCCCUCGCCAGCACCCCUGAGAGCAGCGCUGUUACACCAACCACAGGAAACCAGGGUCCCUCUUCAGGAGUGUCCCCGAUCCCUGCAGGCACUCCUAUCACCAACGACCUGUUUAACCAGGCGCUGCAGCAGGCCCUGCAGGUGUCCAGCAUGUCCAGCUUACACAAUCAGUGGCAGUCUCAGCUCCAGCAGCUGCGGGACAUGGGCAUCCGCGACGAGGAGCUCAUCCUGAGAGCCCUGCAGGCCACCGGCGGAGACAUCCAAGCCGCCCUGGAGCUCAUAUUCGCCGGAGGCGCACCGUGAAGCAUUCUCCGAUGUUGAACCAUAUUACGACGUUACUGAUUUACCACUACAUAUUCAAUAUUUUAACUACCUAUUUGAAAGGGCGGUUUAUUUUUAACUCACGUUUACAUUAGUACAUCGAAAGCGGCGCUAUCAGCUGUUUGAAGAGUAGGCCUAGUUUAUACAAUACAUCACGUCUGCUGUGUUAAUAAAAAGUGUUCGGCUACAUAAUUAUUGAAAGCUAAAUUUUAGCUGAAGUUGGGUGUUCAGACAAUCGUUGUUAUGUUAUGUUUUUUGGGCCAUUAAUUAAAAUCUUCCAUAAAUCCUCCCCAGAAGGUUUGGUGCUCUGUAGUCGUGUGCAAUGAUGAAACUUGGCAUUAAAUGCAAUGGAGUA